AAAAUCGUCUCGACGCUUUGGCCUCGUAAACACUGGCGGCGCUGCGAGACACUCCUGGAUGAAAGCUUGGCACGAGGAGAGGAAGACAAUUAAUGGACACAAAGGAAGGAAGACCAAGGCGUAAAGACCCAAGAAGCGAUACAAAGCGUGGGAGGUCAACAGGAGAAGUAGAGGACCCUGAGGCGGAUCACUAGUUCUCCACGACCAUGGCCCGCGAGGGAGCUCUGUGGAUGGGCGAUCUUGCUGAUUAUAUGGAUGAAAACUUCAUCAUAGCAGCCUUCAGAGCCUUGGGUGAAGAAAAUGUCCAGAAUGUAAAGGUGAUGAAAAACAGAUAUACUGGCCAUCCUGCAGGAUACUGCUUUGUCAACUUUUCUUCAGAUCAAGCAGCCCUUACUGCCAUGCACAAGCUCAAUGGCAAAGUUAUUCCUCAUAGUCAGCCACCUGUUAGAUUUAAAUUGAACCACAGCAGCACCAGAGGAAAUAAUACAGACAAAGAAUAUUCUCUUUGGGUUGGGGACCUUACUCCAGAUGUAGAUGAUUUUGCCCUCUACAAGACAUUUGGCAGCAGAUACAAUAGCAUAAAAACAGCAAAAGUUAUUUAUGACCCAAAUGGACAGAGUAAAGGAUUUGCAUUUGUGAGGUUUUACUCAGAGGAAGAAUAUAAAGAUGCCCUCACCCACAUGAAUGGCUUCAAAGGUUUAGGCCAAAAACCUCUCAAAGUAAGCUAUGCUGUUCCAAAGAAGCAACACUACCCUGGAAUGAACCACAUGGGUGGAGAUUACAGUCAGUACUAUGAACAGUACUGGAACAAUUAUGCUGCAUGGCAAAACUAUGGGAGCUAUUAUGAACCGUAUGCUUCAUCUUACGGGGAUUACAAUGGCAGUUUGGAAGGGGGAAUGGGAGACUCAAAAGAAUCUUCAAAAGAAGAUUUUGAACCAGUUGACUGGAAUGUUCCCAUAGAUAUCAAGAAAACAAACAAAGAAUUCAUUGACAGAAGUGAAGAGCUGUGGCAAGCAAUAGAAAAGGCCCGUUGGAGUUUUUGGGAGGACAUUAAAGAUGAUGAGUAGAGAAAGAUCCUGAUUUUGUAAAAUAUGUGACAAAAAUAAUCUUCAUAUGUCUUUUAUACAAAUUGUCAGAAGUACAUGAUUACUUUUGAAAUAAAUGAUGAAUAAAGUUAUUUACCCUA